AUGGUCACCUGUGUCCGGUGGUCACCUGUGUCAUGUGGUCACCUGUGUCAGGUGGUCACCUGUGUCAUGUGGUCACCUGUGUCAUGUGGCUACCUGUGUCAUGUGGUCACCUGUGUCAUGUGGUCACCUGUGUCAGGUGGUCACCUGUGUCAGGUGGCCACCUGUGUCAUGUGGUCACCUGUGUCCUAUGGUUACCUGUGUCAUGUGGUCACCUGUGUCAUGUGGUCACCUGUGUCAUGUGGUUACCUGUCUCAUGUGGUCACCUGUGUCAUGUGGUUACCUGUGUCAUGUGGUCACCUGUCCUGUGUCAUAUGGUCACCUGUGGUAUUUGGUCACCUGUGUCAUAUGAUCAUCUGA